UCCAAUUAUUUCAACAAUAAAUCCAACACCACAUCGUCGAAAAUCAGGAAAAGUUAAACGUGUCCCACAAAAAAAUGAAGUCAAUUCGACAUCAGAUAUAUCUUUACAUGAAGAUAAUACGGUUUCAAUUGAUGAUCUACCACUUGGUGAAAGAACUUCACCCAAUAAACCAAUUGUAAAUAAUAUUGAAACAAAUUUAUCUCAACCUAUUCUUUCAACACCUGUUAAAAAAAAAUCAUCAAAUCCUGCUGUUAAAAAGAAAUCAAAUAAUAAACGAGCAAAUAAUAUUGUUGGAGUUGCAGUUAUUGAAGAAAGACGUAUUAAUCAUGAUUCUCAAGAAAAGAUUUGGAUAUGUCCAUCAUGUAAUAGACCAGAUAAUGGUCAAGAAGCGAUGAUUGCAUGUGAUCUAUGUGAUGAUUGGUAUCAUUGGGAAUGUGUUGGUAUUGUUAAAGAACCUCCCGAAUCAAUUCCAUGGUUUUGUCCCAAAUGUCAUCGUUCAAAUUCUUCAACAGCAUCAGCACAAGGAAUAAAACCAUCAGCAUCAAGUAAAGCAAAACGUAAACGAGCUUCAGCUCUUUAUCAACAACAACAACAACAGCAACAACAUCAUCAUCAAUAA